AUGUAUCAGUACAACAACCCAAUCCCGAACCACGUGCUGUGGCCGGGAUGGGUCGAUCCGUACGCAACCCUCAUGGCUGAGCCCACGGGCAUGCAGCUGUGCCCUUACCAAGCCAGCGAGGAAGACCUUGACAAGAAGGGCAAGAGAGCACCCCCCGACUCAAUCGCCUUCAUCGCCUCCAACGGCAUCGGAGUCCCGCGACGCAUCGGCCUCGCCCUCGCCGCCGCCGCCGCCGACCCCUACGCCAGUCUCACCAGCCCCUUGAUCCGACCUCGCUACCCUCGCUUAGCCCCUCUCGACUUGCCCGACUUCCUACUCCGCGACCACCACCACCACCUGCGUCUCCCCGCUUCCCAGACCACCUCCUCCUGGGACAUGGUCGUCAUCGGCCCCGUCUCCUCCGGUUUCUGCUACGCAAUGGGCUGGCUCGAGCGCAUCGAAGGUCCGGACGCCAUCAGGUCUUGGUUCCGCAAGCGCAUGGGCCAUCGGUACUUCAGCUGGAGCGCAUGGCAGGAGGCUCCCAUUCUGGACGGCAGGGCGACGUAUGAGAUUGAGGCUGGGGUGUCAGGGAUGCGGUAUAUCGUGUUGUUGUGCGGAAAUCGCGAGACGGCAUUGGCGGCGGAGAGAAUGUUUCGGUAUACGGAUUUGACGGUGGGGGUGAAAGACAAAAAGGGAUGUCCGUGGGGUGGGAUGCCGGAUCAGAGGGGGAAGAAGAGGUUGGUUACUAGCUUCAAGGUAGAGUGGGAUGGGUAUGAGGAUUGGUGGGAGCCGAGGAGGUGGGAUCAGAGGGGGUUCCCGCUGCCGCCGGAUGGGCGGAAGGAGAGGGAUUUGAGGGAUGCGGUGUAUCCGAGGAUGAAGGGGACGGAGCCGGAGGAGAGGGUGUUUUGUUGGCCGAUGAGGUUGGGGAAGCCGUAUGGUCCUUAUUGGCAGUCUAUUUGA